ACAAGUCUUUCUACUGCGGGGGAUGAAGCAAAGGUGCGAGAUCCUGUCAAAGAUGUGAAGCUCAAGCUUGGCUUCCAAGUCACGUGUAGAAGCCCACAGUCCACACUUUCUCUUUUUCCGCGAUCAAUCUUGUCUCCUCAGUCGACAACCACUUCACGCCCAACCGCCGUCAUGUCUGCCCAAGUCGCUAAGGCCGAGAACCCCUGCCGUAACCUUCGCUUGUCGAAGUUGGUCCUGAACAUCUCCGUCGGAGAGUCCGGUGAUAGACUCACUCGUGCCGCCAAGGUUCUCGAGCAGCUGUCCGGUCAGACCCCCGUCUACAGCAAGGCCCGUUACACCGUCCGUACCUUCGGUAUCCGCCGUAACGAAAAGAUCUCCGUCCACGUCACCAUCCGUGGCGCCAAGGCCGAGGAGAUUCUCGAGCGUGGCCUCAAGGUCAAGGAGUACGAGCUCCGCAAGCGCAACUUCUCUGAGACCGGUAACUUCGGAUUCGGUAUCAGCGAGCACAUCGAUCUCGGUAUCAAGUACGAUCCCGGCAUUGGUAUCUACGGCAUGGACUUCUUCGUCUGCAUGGACCGCCCCGGUGCCCGUGUUGCCAAGCGCCGCCGCUGCCAGUCCAAGAUCGGUGUCAACCACCGCAUCACCACCACUGAGACCAUGAAGUGGUACAAGACCAAGUACGAUGGAAUUAUCCGUUAAGUCUGAAGAAUCAGACA